GUGACGAGUCAAAGCUGUUGUGUAGUUUAAUCUGUCAUGUAGAAAGUAGACACUAAGCCGCCGCCUAAUAAAAACCCUAGAAACCACAUAAAUUCAAGGGGCGUCCAUUGCUUUCUCACCCCUUAACGUUUCACUCCGUCCGCAACCAUCCUGCAACCUUUUCACUGGAAUCUGACGUCAUGGCUCAGAACUAUCGCCGUCACAUGAGCUCCGCCGUCUUUCUCAUCUCUCUCCGACUGACCAUCCCCACCACGAUUAUCACCACCAUUACCAUUCGCUGAAAAAAAUCUUCAUCCCACCAGAUUCUCACGCAUUUUCAACUUCAAAGUAUAUAGACUGUUACCGAAGCCAAAUUCAAGCGUUAUCUAGAAUAUUCUUGUUCGGGCCGGGUCGGGGCUAUCCGCGAUAGGACUACCGGUUCUGUUUAGGUGUUGGUUUGGUUGAAAGAUGGCUAUUUUGAAGAGCUAUGGCGUGUGCUUGAGAGAGUAUACGCCCCAGUUUCCUCGUCCCAAUCACGGCGAUAAUUACAAGAGCAGUAGAAAUGUAAAAUGGAGAUCCCCACGAGCAGCAGUAAUACCUGAUUUCCAUCUCCCAAUGCGUAGUUUUGAGGUUAAAAACAGGACAUCAGCAGAAGAUAUAAAAUCUCUUCGAUUGAUAACAGCCAUCAAAACCCCAUACCUACCUGAUGGAAGGUUUGAUCUCGAAGCGUAUGAUGACUUAGUUAAUAUUCAAAUUGGAAAUGGUGUUGAAGGUGUAAUUGUUGGUGGCACAACUGGUGAGGGCCAGCUGAUGAGCUGGGAUGAGCACAUAAUGCUUAUUGGUCAUACAGUCAACUGUUUUGGUGGAUCAAUUAAGGUAAUUGGGAACACAGGAAGCAACUCAACCAGGGAAGCAAUCCAUGCCACCGAACAAGGUUUUGCGGUUGGAAUGCAUGCUGCUCUUCACAUCAAUCCUUACUAUGGCAAAACAUCUCUGGAGGGAUUGGUUUCUCACUUUGAUAGUGUGCUGCCAAUGGGCCCUACCAUAAUCUAUAAUGUGCCAUCACGAACUGGCCAAGAUAUUCCUCCACGUGUCAUCAACACUAUAGCACAGAGUCCUAACUUGGCUGGCAUUAAAGAAUGCGUUGGAAAUGACCGCAUUGAGCAGUAUACAGGUAAUGGAAUUGUAGUGUGGAGUGGGAACGAUGAUCAGUGUCAUGAUGCUAGGUGGAGCCAUGGGGCUACCGGGGUAAUUUCUGUUACAAGCAACCUGAUUCCAGGCUUGAUGCGAGAGCUUAUGUUUGGAGGGAAAAAUCCUUCACUUAACGCAAAGCUCUUACCUCUGAUUGAGUGGCUCUUUCAGGAGCCUAACCCCAUUGGCCUUAACACAGCCCUUGCACAACUGGGGGUUGUGAGACCAAUUUUCAGGUUACCAUACGUACCUCUUCCCCUGGCAAAGAGGGUAGAAUUUGUCAAUCUGGUCAAGGAAAUUGGGCGGGAGAAUUUUGUAGGAGAAGAAGAUGUUCAGGUUCUAGAUAAUGAUGACUUCAUAUUGGUUGGCAGGUAUUAGUCCUUUGUGAAUGUUAAGUACUCUAGUUUGGUGUCUCUAUUUGGAGUUUGCAAUUUUACAUUCGUUUAUAAAAUUACAAAUAAAGUCUACCUGGUUGUUUAAAUUAUGACAGAAAAUAGUAGUGCUAAUAUAUAUGCUACUAAUAUGAUGCCACCGGGUAUCGGACUAUUGUCUAUUUGGACUGGUUUGCCUUGUACCUCUGUGCAUUGCCAUUGAUCGGAAGAAUCAAUUAUGCCUUCUCGUGGCUAUAGCAAGAAAUUGUGUUCAUA